AUGGCUAGCACUGUAGGCCAGACCAUCACUUGCAAGGCGGCGAUUGCGUGGGGCGCCGGGGAGCCCCUCUCCGUGGAAGACGUCGAGGUUGCUCCUCCCAAGGCCCACGAGGUUCGCAUCCAGGUCCUUCACACUGGUGUUUGCCACACGGAUGCCUACACACUCUCCGGAAAGGAUCCCGAAGGUGCUUUCCCCGUCGUCCUCGGCCACGAGGGUGCCGGUAUCGUCGAGUCCGUCGGCGAGGGUGUCACUUCCGUAAAGCCCGGUGAUUAUGUCGUUGCUCUCUACACCCCCGAAUGCCGGGAAUGCAAGUUCUGCAAGUCUGGCAAGACCAACCUGUGCGGAAAGAUCCGCGCCACCCAGGGUCGCGGUGUGAUGCCCGACGGCACCUCGCGCUUCAAGGCCCGCGGCAAGGACCUCCUCCACUUCAUGGGUACCUCCACCUUCUCUCAGUACACUGUUGUCGCCGAUAUCUCCGUCGUCGCCGUCACCCCCAAGAUUCCCACCGACCGAUCCUGCCUUCUCGGUUGCGGUAUCACAACCGGUUACGGUGCCGCCGUGGUGACCGCCAAGGUCGAGGAGGGCUCCAACAUCGCCGUCUUCGGCGCUGGAUGUGUUGGUCUCUCAGUCAUCCAGGGCGCGGUCAAGAACAAGGCUGGCAAGAUUAUCGUCGUCGACGUCAACGACGCAAAGGAGGAAUGGGCCCGCAAGUUCGGCGCCACGGACUUUGUCAACCCCACCAAGCUCAACGGCAAGACCAUCCAGGAGGAGCUCAUCGAGAUGACCGACGGUGGUUGUGAUUACACCUUCGACUGCACCGGUAACGUCGGUGUCAUGCGUGCCGCCCUCGAGGCCUGCCACAAGGGCUGGGGUGAGAGUAUUAUCAUCGGUGUUGCUGCUGCUGGCCAGGAGAUCUCCACCCGACCAUUCCAACUCGUCACCGGUCGCGUAUGGAGGGGAUGCGCCUUCGGCGGUAUCAAGGGCCGUACUCAGCUUCCCGGCCUUGUCGACGACUACCUGAACGGGCAGCUCAAGGUCGACGAGUUCAUCACCCACCGUGAGCCCCUCGCCAACAUCAACAAUGCCUUUGAGCAGAUGAAGGCUGGCGACUGCAUCCGUUGCGUUGUGGACCUCUCAUAA